AUGAAUUCAGAAGUCAACCUAUUCAAUUAAGUUGAAAAAGAACUAACGAGAAAAAGACCAGGUUCUGGGUAACCAAUUUCAACUAAGAAAUCUCCUUUGCCUUUGAGAAAACCUGGUGUCUCUGGGACUUAAAAGUAGAUAAUAAAAGAGCCUGAAUAACAAUUGAAACCCAGAUAGCUCAGUAGUAAUUCAUAAAAAACAUCUUAAACUUAAUAAUUGCCCAUGAUUAAAAAUCCACCCCAACAAUAGAAACCUUAGAUUUAAAUAGAUAAAAAAAUUAUCAUGAUGAAAUAAGAAUCGGCAACAACUUCAGCAAGAGGUACCUUAACAGGAGAACAUUCAUAAAGGAAUAGUAGCAAUUAAAAUUUGUCUACUGCAGAUACUAGUACCAAAUAGUUUAAUUGGAUUGAUGAUCAAUUAACUUCCAGGAGAGACUCAUCAUUAAAUAAAAAAAGAAUGAGUUCCAAAGAAAAGUAGACUACAACUACUUAAACCUAAAAAAGUAAAUUAUAAGAUAAUCACAAGAAUUCUCAUCCUCCUCUUUAUCAACCAAAAUGCUGUAUUGAUUUUACAAUGACUGCUGGGAAAAAUGAUUUAACUAAAAUGUUGGAUUCAAUUAAGGGGGAAAUCAAACAAAUUGCAGAAGAAUAAUCGCAUUAAAAUGGAGUAUUUUUAAAUAUGAGUGAAAUUAAAGAGAUGCCUGAUGAUGGAUGUUCUUCUAUAGGAUAGAGUACGGUUUAUCAAUUUAAAAAAUGA